CUGCUUUUCUGUGGCGUGUCCUUGCCGCUCUUCAUUAGCGCAGGCAGCCUGUCGGGGUUUGCGACUCUUUAGAUAGGCCCUAGUGAACCUUUCUUGAACUGUCCGGGAACCUGGGGCCUGAGGAUCAUGAGGUGGAUCUUAAGCUGUGUUCUUUAGUCUCAGCUGAAAGAGCACGAGAGUAAUUAACGAACUAAAAUAUGCGCAAAGUACUUUUGGAUCCCCAAAGUCUUGAUACCAUCAGGGUGAAGGAUAUAGGGAAAAUCUUGUGACCUUGGACAGAGGAAGAAAGAGACACCACGAAAAUCGUGAUUCAAAGAGUGUUUUAAUAAUAGCUCUAGGAAGAGAUGUCUUACUAAGAAGGUAGAAGAUUCUCGGGAUGAUAAUGAGGGGUCAUCCAGGAGCUCUGAUGUGGGAAAGAACUUAGGACUGGGUGGAUUCCAAUGGGGUGAACUGAGCAGUGACAAGGAAGACCAGCUGGCGAUAUUGGUCUGAGAAGGGGGCACAGCCGGAGCGUUGUACACUGAGGAGCUGCUCUCUCUUGAGGAAAGAGUCUGGAAGACAGGUCACUAGGGGUUCCUACAGAAUCCGCAUGAGGCCCAAAGUGGGACUGCCGUAGGUCACCUCCAGGAAGGAGGCACAGAGCCUAGGCGAGCCAGAAACGAGCCUGGAGCGCGCCGGAUGGCAGCCGCGGGCUCCUUUAAGAGGCCGGCGGCUCCAGCGCAGCAUCCCCCGCUCAGGGCGUGUCCGUCCCGGGGGGCCAGGGGCGGAGGCCUUGGAAGGAGCGGGAGUUCAAGUCGAGUGAGGACGGGGCUUAGACUAGGGGGUGGGGGCCAAAAGCUGGGACUGACAUCCGUGCACCUGAGCUCCACACGAGCAUCGCCGGUGACAGCACCCCGGGUCCGGUGGAGGGCAACGGGGGGGAGGAGGGGAGGAGGAGGAGGCGGGAGCAGCAUCCGGAGCCGAGCUGCAGCAGCGCCGCCUUUUGUGCUGCGGCCGCGGAGCCCCCGAGGGCCCGCUGCUCCGCACACCUGGCUCCAGAGGCCAUGGCUUGCCUCCAUGAUACCCGAACACCCUCCCCUUCCUUUGGGGGUUUUGUGUCUACUCUAAGUGAGGCUUCCAUGCGCAAGCUGGAUCCAGACACUUCAGACUGCACCCCAGAGAAGGACCUGACACCUACCCAAUGUGUACUUCGAGAUGUUGUGCCUCUGGGUGGACAGGGCGGGGGAGGGCCCAGUCCCUCCCCAGGUGGAGAGCCUCCCCCAGAGCCUUUUGCCAAUAGUGUCCUGCAGCUACAUGAGCAGGAUGCAGGUGGGCCAGGGGGAGCCACUGGGUCACCUGAGAGUCGAGCAUCGAGGGUGCGAGCUGACGAGGUGCGGCUGCAGUGCCAGAGCGGCAGUGGCUUCCUUGAAGGUCUCUUUGGCUGCCUGCGCCCUGUCUGGACAAUGAUUGGCAAAGCCUACUCCACAGAACACAAGCAACAGCAGGAAGACCUUUGGGAAGUCCCCUUUGAGGAGAUCCUGGACCUGCAAUGGGUAGGCUCAGGGGCUCAGGGUGCUGUUUUCCUGGGACGCUUCCAUGGGGAGGAAGUGGCUGUGAAGAAGGUUCGAGACCUCAAGGAAACCGACAUCAAGCAUCUGCGAAAGCUCAAGCACCCCAACAUCAUCACUUUCAAGGGUGUUUGCACACAGGCUCCCUGCUACUGCAUCCUUAUGGAAUUCUGCGCCCAAGGUCAGCUAUAUGAGGUGCUCAGGGCUGGCCGCCCUGUCACUCCUUCCUUGUUGGUGGACUGGUCCAUGGGCAUCGCUGGUGGCAUGAAUUACCUGCACCUGCACAAGAUCAUCCACAGGGACCUUAAGUCUCCCAACAUGCUCAUCACAUACGACGAUGUGGUGAAGAUCUCAGAUUUUGGCACUUCCAAGGAGCUGAGUGACAAGAGCACCAAGAUGUCCUUUGCGGGGACAGUGGCCUGGAUGGCCCCUGAGGUGAUACGCAAUGAGCCUGUGUCUGAGAAGGUCGACAUCUGGUCCUUUGGGGUGGUGCUAUGGGAACUGCUGACUGGCGAGAUUCCCUACAAAGACGUAGACUCCUCAGCCAUCAUCUGGGGCGUAGGAAGCAACAGUCUCCACCUGCCUGUGCCCUCCAGCUGCCCAGAUGGUUUUAAGAUUCUGCUUCGCCAGUGCUGGAACAGCAAACCACGAAACCGCCCAUCAUUCCGACAGAUCUUGCUGCACCUGGACAUCGCUUCUGCCGACGUGCUCUCCACACCCCAGGAGACUUAUUUUAAGUCCCAGGCAGAGUGGCGGGAAGAAGUAAAACUGCACUUUGAAAAGAUUAAGUCAGAAGGGACAUGUCUGCACCGCCUAGAAGAGGAGCUGGUGAUGCGAAGAAGGGAAGAGCUCAGACAUGCCCUGGACAUCAGGGAGCACUAUGAACGAAAGCUGGAGAGAGCCAACAACCUGUACAUGGAGCUGAAUGCCCUCAUGCUGCAGCUAGAACUCAAAGAGAGGGAGCUGCUCAGGCGAGAGCAGGCUUUGGAAAGGAGAUGUCCAGGUCUGCUGAAGUCACACCCUUCCCGCGGCCUCCUACAUGGAAACACGAUGGAGAAGCUCAUCAAGAAAAGGAACGUGCCACAGAAGCUGUCACCCCACAGUAAAAGGCCAGAUAUUCUCAAGACAGAAUCUUUGCUACCUAAACUAGAUGCAGCCCUAAGUGGGGUGGGGCUUCCUGGGUGUCCUAAGGGACCCCCCUCACCAGGAAGGAGUCGUCGUGGCAAGACCCGUCACCGAAAGGCCAGUGCCAAGGGCAGCUGUGGAGACCUGCCUGGGCUUCGAGCAGCUUUGCCACCCCAUGAGCCUGGAGGACUAGGAAGCCCAGGGGGCCUAGGAGUGGGCCCUUCAGCUUGGGAUGCCUGCCCCCCUGCUCUCCGUGGACUCCACCAUGAUCUUCUACUGCGAAAGAUGUCCUCAUCAUCCCCAGAUCUGCUGUCGGCAGCACUGGGAGCACGAGGCCGAGGGGCCACAGGGGGAGCUCGGGAUCCUGGCUCACCUCCUCCACCCCAGGGCGAUACUCCUCCAAGUGAGGGAUCAGCUCCUGGUUCUACCAGCCCAGAUUCACCUGGGGGAGCCAAAGGGGAACCACCUCCACCAGUAGGACCUGGUGAAGGCAUGGGGCUGCUGGGAACUGGAAGGGAAGGGACUGCAGGCCGGGGAGGAAGCCGGGCUGGGUCCCAGCACUUGACCCCAGCUGCACUGCUGUACAGGGCCGCUGUGACUCGAAGUCAGAAACGCGGUAUCUCAUCUGAAGAGGAGGAAGGAGAGGUAGACAGUGAAGUAGAGCUGCCCCCCAGUCAGAGGUGGCCUCAGGGCUCGAACAUGCGUCAGUCACUCUCUACCUUCAGUUCAGAGAACCCAUCAGAUGUGGAGGAAGGUACAGCUAGUGAGCCUUCCCCCAGUGGCACACCAGAAGUUGGCAGUACCAACACUGAUGAGCGGCCAGAUGAAAAGUCUGAUGAUAUGUGCUCCCAGGGCUCAGAAAUCCCACUGGACCCACCUGCUUCAGAGGUGGUCCCUGACCCUGAAACCAGCUCCGUGCCCGCGCAACAACAGGAUGUACUCAGAGGUGAGCAGGGCCCCAAUCCUGAGGACUCAGACUGUGACAGCACUGAACUGGACAACUCCAACAGCAUUGAUGCCUUGCGACCCCCAGCCUCCCUUCCUCCAUGAAAGACACUCUUAUUCCUUGUAUAUAGAGAAAUAUUUAUAUAAAUAAUAUAUAUGCGCCACAUAAUCAACAGAUAGACGGGGCUUUCUUAGCCUUAAAUCAGGCUUGAGAGUGAAGGAACCCCCCUUGACCAAUUACAGAUAAGUUCUAGGGACACUGGCAGCUGUGGAAACGAAUGAUUCCAAGUACUACCCUAGAGCUCCGAGGGAAGGAAACUGGUCCCUUCUUGCUUCACCCCAUUCCUUAUGUUCAGCAAGCGUCUAGGCAAUAGAAAAGCCAGGCUUGUCUCUACACUGUCCACCCCUGAACACUGGGGGGCAGGAGAGGAUCCACUUAAGACUGCACUUUUAUUUUCCAUUUACUGUUUACACAUUUUGCACUUGGGAGGAGGGAAACUAAGGCUGGGUCCUCCCCUCUGAGGUUUCUCAGGUGGCAAUGUAACCCAUCUCUUCGUCCCUGUUUCUCUGCCCAAGCCCUGGCUUAAGGCCCAGAGGCAAGUUAAAAGACUGAUAGCAUGUGAUGGCUCAGGCUGAAGAGCUGGACAACUGGGGUGCUGUUAAAGUCCCUACUAUUAUCCUGGUGCCUGGUAAGGGUGGGGACUGUCUUAUUGUAACCCCUGUGAACAACCCUGAAAUAUAACCACUCCAUGCAGGCCCA